CCUGCAGCCGUCUUCGCCGUCCUCGCCAGCAUGGCGGAUGCGUCAUUCAAAGACGUACCAGAGCUAUUUGAGGUCGAACUCACGGAGUCCUUGUCCGCGCGCACGGAAAGCCUAUCGACCUUCAGGGAACUUGGUCCUCCUGAUCUUGUCCAUGUCUUGAAGAGCACUGGGCGUAGUGGUCAACGCGAUCUCGGCUCCUACCACUACGUCUCCGGCGUCGACGCGUCUUCCUCUGCAUCAUUAGCAGCAUACAUCAACUCCCUCACCUACAAUAUUGAAGACGAUUCGGGGUGGUUCUCGAAGGGUACGUCUUGGAAGGUCAAGAGCGGGUGCUACUGCUGCUUCAACGCCUUCUCGCGCGUGGAUGUUCGCGUCGACGUUAAGAUUCCCGGAGGUGUCCAGGCAUACGUUGUCGACUUGCGCGGCGAGAGACACGAAGCAACACCUGAAAUAUGGCAAGAGACCUUCCUGUCUGCCAUCCUACGCGCCAUCCUCUACUCCGACGACCCCACAUACUGGCUUGAAGCAUACCGGAAGCUUGAUCCCAUCACCACUCCUGAAGGCGAAUUGCGCUUCCUGCAAGCUGCUGAAGCACUGUUCAUGAAGGGAUGGCAGGUUGGCUCGGACCCAGAAAUCCAAGUCGCGACAGUCGUGUCCAAUCAUGUUACUGCAGCUAUCAUGAAGUAUUUCGGGGACAGCGGCCGGUUCCAGCAUGCUGCAAAUCUCUUCGAGAAGAUACUGGCCAAAGAACCUGAGGUUGCCUCGCUAUUGGCGAAGAGCUAUCUGGGAAUGAACGAGGAAGUCAAGGCUGUUCAGAUUAUGGCAACUGCAAUCAAGCAAACACCGCAGUCAUACACCCUCCUGCAUGUUCAGUGCGACUUCCUUCGGGCGAAGGGGAAGUACGAUUGGGCACUCAAGCUUGCCCGGCAAGCAGUCAACUGCGCCCCCAGCGAGUUCGUGACCUGGGAGAAACUCACCGAAAUAUACAUUGACAUGGGUCAAUAUGAGAAUGCACUUUUGACUCUCAACUCAUGUCCUAUGUUUACUUACAAUGGCCGGGACGCCCACCGCAACCUGACACCGGCUCGCGUACACCUUCCGCCAAAAGGUGCAAUCAUCGACAUCCUUCCGGAGCGGGUGAAGACGGAGGACGAUGAGGCCGACCCCGCUCUUCUUCGACUUCCCGCGCCGGGCCUUCGCGGAACAUGGGCUCGCGCCUACUCCCUUCUCACACGCCUGGUGUCACAAAUUGGCUGGGACGAGCUGCUCAAGACGAGGAGCUCCGUCUUCGUUAUGGAAGAGGAAUACCGGAUGCAGAAAGCGCAUGGUGACACCAGGCCGCAAUCCGCCGCCGCUGGCAAGGUCUUCCAUGAAGACGGCUCCGUCAGCUCUCCGCAACGCGGCGAUUCGCUGCAAGGGCAGAAGGCAGAACGCGCUGAUGACGACGCGUCGACUCGCGGGGUGGCAUCGCCCACGGCGGAGAACGGGGACGACAAUGGGGACGACGAGGACGACGCAGGGAAUGACACAGACUCCGAAACGCUCGCGAAUGGCAAUGGCAUUCCCACCAUCCGGAUAUCUACGGAAAGCGCCAGGGAACAGAAGGCAGCGCAGGAGAAGGCCGCCAACGGACACAAUGAGUCAAAAGAGAACGGUGUUACCGAUGGGCCCGGCGACACCCUCGAGAAGCCGGUGCAGGCAGCAGAGAACAGCCAGGACGCCGAGGGUGGUCCGGCGGCCGCGCAGGAACCGUUCUCCUUCAGCAAUAAGCGCUUGUGCGAGCGUUGGCUGGACAACUUGUUCAUGGUGCUCUAUGAGGACCUCAGGGUGUGGACCAUCUUCCGCGCCGAAGUCGCGCACUUCAAGACGCAGCACGUUGCAUACCGCAAAACCGGCCUGGAGUGGGAAAUCUUGGGAGACCUCGGCCUGCGGCUGCACCACAAGGAGGAGGCGAAGGAGGCGUACCAGCGCUGCUUGGAUACCCCGCGCUACUCGUACAAGCCCUGGUCCAAGCUCCUGGACACGUACGCGGACGAGGGCGAUAUCCAGCGGACGCUCCAGGUCGCCGUCCGGGUCGCCGCGUACCAGUGGGGCGAGUACACCGAGAUGACGUACCCCACGCAAAUUGCGCGCUGCUUCUUCAAGCUUGGCCAGAUCCACGGCCAUGCGAAGAUCUCGUACACGCUGCUGAGCAUGGGCCUGCCCGACCCGGUCCUGAAAAUCAUGGAGAGCUACCUCCACUACGGCCGCACCUUCAAGGUCGAGGGGUACGACUUCUGAGCUCCGAUAUCUUUGCUGUGGCCGCCGCUUUCUUCUUCGGAUUGGUCUCCUGGAAUUGUAGACUCUUGUAUGUAGUUGCGCUGCUGCGGUUCGCGUCCGCCCGUGGGCCCCAGGAGCUUUUUAGCUAGGUAUCUUAUUUCCGAUGAAUACCCUUCACCU